CAAAAUACCUAAAAUGUGUCAGGCUUACGAAGUGUAUUUCUUUAACAUGCUCCUGGCUGUUAAUGUAUAAAAUUUAUUGAUAUUAUUAUUGAAAAUUUUUACAAACAAUUUGUCGAUUACAAGAUAUGAAUGAGGACCACGUUGUUUACCCUCGAGGUCCUGGCCCUACUCUUCCUGACACUUAUUCCAUGGCCGGGACCCUCUGUAUUCAAAAUAACAUGUUCUCGUGACAACUCGAAAAUCGUAAGAAAAGUAAUACAAAACAAAUGGCUCCCGGUUUUAGAAAGGUUCCAGGUAAAAUUACCCCUGGAAUGUCCGUUCCACCCUGCGCGAGACAUCUUUGCACCUCAACAUGCGGCCAAACUUCAACACCGCUCAUCCCAGUGGACAUGUGCUUUCUGCGGCAAAUCCUUCUACGAAGAACGACACCUUGACACACACUUUGACCAGCGACAUAAGACUCACAUUAAUAAGGCAAGACAUUUAAAUGCUUUUUGCCAGCACGCCGAAGAUGCAGUGUGUUUAGCAGAUUACUGUGAUAUAAUGCGGUGUCAGGUACUGAUCGCACACGGGUUGCUAAGCGACGGCGUCGUACCAAGCACAGAUGUGGAAGUGUGGCAAGAUCUGGAGUCAGCGCGGAAAGCUCUCGCACCAGCUGCUAUAAGGAGUAUAGCUAAAGUACCAAGCCGCCGUCGGCACAGAGCCCGACCUCCUCCACCCAUACCAGUACCCGACUGUCCACGAACGGAGGGGGAUACUCAAGAACCAGUAGAAACUCCAGAAGAGAAAAAAAGAGAGGAGAGCGACGGUGAUACAAAUCAAACGGCAGAACUAUGUGAUGCUGACACUGUUGAAUCGUCUCUACCACCGGACAGUCGGCAAAAGAGGCUUGCCGAUUUACAGGCAGAGCGUGCUGCCUGCGACCCUAAUAAACUUCAGGGCUUAAAGGUACGCUGUGAAAAGGUUGUGCAUUCAUGUAUCGCGACUCUUCUUUUACAUUUAACACAACCACAAUUUACUGAACUUGAAGAGGAGAUGCAGCGCGCUGUUUGCUGGUACCUGAGUUGCGACCGUUACUGGGAAGACACGACGCCCGCUGCCCGCGCUUUUCCUUGGCCACUUUUGUUGGCAUUGGCCACGGGACUUGCGCUAGCUUUGUGCAUGUGCUACUAUAUCAUAUGGAUUGUGUUUGACUCAGAAGAGGGUAGCAUAGCGGGUAGCGCGUCCGUUUCCAUGACGACCCAUUCUUCGCCGGCUCGCGCCGAACGACUCGGGGGCGAAGACGCCAUGUUGGAUGACGAACACGACGACCAUUACAUCUACGUCACUUAUCCGCCAGAAUUGAAACGGAGGCUUCUAGAAAGCUGCUACAAUAGAACGACUCGACUUUGAGAAACGACCGCUCAUCUCAUUUCGUCGUGCAUGGUUUUUAGUUAAUAUUUAAAUAGAUUGGUAUGUAGUCAUUAGAACAAAGACAGUCUGAUUUAGCCAAAUGUACCUAAUGUAAAUCGUCUUCUGUGCCUUCAUUUGACUUUAUUUUGUACGUGACGUUUUAUGUAGAAUAUCGCUAUAACUUCUAAUCUCUUGUGACUAUUAAAAUGUAGAAGAAAUGCCUGUUAUCAAUGAUGAUAUAAUAUUGUAUUCCGGAAGUUUCUAUUGCAUUAUCAUAGGACUGUCUUUUCUGGUUUUUAACGCGUUCGUUUAGUUUCUCGUAAAAUACUUCUAUCUCCCUAUUUAGCCUAAAAAUAUUAAUAAUUAAUAGAAAUCAAGUGAUAAGGUACAGAAAACUGAAAAUGAUUAAGUCCAAUACACAAAUCGCUCGCACAAUAGAAUUUCUAUUUACCUACAUAGUCUAAAAUCAAAACUUAAAUAAUGUAAAUUUCGUGUAAUUUUUAAGUUUAGAGUUUGUAAAAUUUUAUUUAGAAGUAGUUCGCUUAUUGAAUAAAAAUGGUGCCUAUUUUGUAUAAACAUAGGAAAAUGUAGCGUUCACUUUUUAUAGGUACUAAAUAGCAGUUUGUUUAAAUAGAUUGUUUUUAAUAAAAACAAAUGGGUUUGGCUUUGUAUUUGUAUCGUGUUAUCGUUUAAAGCAUUUGUAAACCUAAUCAGUUAAUUGACAAAAGUAAUAUUUAGAUAGUUGAUUAAAAUUAACUAUUUUUUCACGAUAUCCUUUGUUAUUUUUUUAUCAGAUUUGGUUAUUGUCUUAUGUCUGCGAUUACAUCUUGUACCUGAUAAUUAAAACGCCAUUUAAGAAUUGUAAGCGAUUUAAAGCACAAACGAUUAGAAUUAAUAUAUCAAAGGCAAUAAGACUCAGUCGUAUAUAUUUAAAGUUAUUGACUUGUAUGCAAUUGGCACAAUUCUUUGCUUUCAGUGAAUUAUCACUGUCUUCGAUUGGAUCUUUGAAGGCUUUUUGUUUUGUAAAUUCUAUUUAUUUAUUUAUUUAGAAACAACAAAAAUUAACGAGCUAUGUUUGUUGUUUAUAUUAUAAUUGCUUAUUGUUGUAAUUUCUUUACCUUUAUAAUUUUUUACAUUUAUGAAUUGGAUUUUGCAGUAAAUAUAUGGACCUUCAUAAAUAAGUACUCUGUGUUCUUAUUUUAUUAUUAUAAUGCUUCAAUGAGACUGAAGAACUCAUUAAGGAUAGUGUUAAAAUUUUAAGAUAAAACCUACUUUUUAACUCACUUAAUCUAAGAUACUCAUUGCACAGUUAAUUUAUUUAAAAAAUGUAAUUUACGAAGUUUGUUAAAUAAAGUUCUAAUUGAAA